GGACUCUCUCUUCUUCUCUCUUUUCUCUUUCUUCUUUCUUCUUUCCUCUUUCUUUUCCCGUCCCUUCUUGUUCUUCCCUCCCCUCUUUUUUUCCCUUUUUUCCUUCUUUCUUCUUCUUCUCCCCAAACGCCUCCACUGUAGCUAUGCUGAUCGGAGGACGAAUCUGAGUUGUGCAAGGUCUGGUAGUUUGAUUGGAUAACAUAGUCUGAGGCUCUGAGCUUGAUUUGAUAACGAAGUUCGAGCCUGAGCAAGAGGAUCGAAGUUUGAGCUUGAUUCCAUAAACCCAGACUCUCAAUGGUGGAAGAUGGUGGCUUUGGAGGGCGGAGGAAUGGUUUGGAGCAAGUGUUCUCAGAUCAAACAGAUCUGUUUUUUUUUUUAGCUUUUGGGCCCGAAAAAACCGGAGGACCGGCCCUUUUUUUUUCGGUCCAGGCCUUUCCGGUCCCUAAAACUUAAAAACAAAAUUUGAGCCCGACCCGAAAAAUUAGGGCUCGGUCCCGGGCCUUGCAAAUUACCUACCGGGCUCGGCCCGUGCCCAGGCCUAAUUGCUAUGAACUAAUAUGAGUUUGGUUGUGGCUUGUAUUAACACAAUUUAUUAUGGCUUGUAUUCCUUCAGCGUAUGUUCCUGCUUAAGAAUGUGGAAAUCUUAUUGUUGAUCAAAUUGGAAAUGGUAUAUUCCUUUAGAUGCCUAGUGCAUGUAUGUCAAUAAAAAACUGAUGCAGGUUAUAAAGAAAGUAUUAUCAUAAUUGCAGGACACAAGGCUGAUGGAGACUGGAAACCUCAAGCUUAUCAAGCAGUAGUAGAUAAGUUGAAUGCUACAUGGCAACUUGGUCUCACAAAACUUAAUGUCAAGAAUAGACUCAAGGCUUGGAAGAGACAUUAUGCUAUUAUCACCGACAUCAAAAGUCAAAGCGGGCUUGUUUGGGAUGAAGAGAAAAAGAUGGUUCCAAUCACUGCAGAAAACCUGGAAAUUUGGAAUGCUUAUGUUGAGUCACAUCCUAAUGCUAAAGGAUAUCAAAACAAGUCAAUAGAAAAUUGGGAUGAUAUCGCUAUGCUAUGUGGGAGGAAUAGAGCUACUGGUGAAGGAGCAGAAGAUGUUGGAGAUGCUGAAGAAACUAUGGAAUUUGAAGCAGAAGAAGAUGAAAGUGAUGUGACUCCCAAUUCACAUGCCACACAUGCAGCAACUUCGACUUGUGAAUCACAUCCUCCAAAUAAGAAAAAGAAAAAGGAUCCACUAGCACAAGCAAUUGGUGAUGUGGCCAACACCUUGAAAGAGUUUAUGGCAGCUCAAGUCUCCCCACAACUCAAAGGAGAGGAUGUACAUGAAGUGGUUUCUAAAGUAGCAAACCUCAGCAAAUUGCAAGUCUUCAAAGCUGUACGCAUAUUGAUGAGUGGUAACCCCGAAGAAUUUUCUCUACUGAAGUCUCUUAAUGAUGCUGAAAAGAGUGAGUGGAUAAGAAUGCUCAUAUGGCAAUCUGAAGGGCAACCAAGAAUUGAGGGUGGAGCAUGACAAUUUGGAGUUUCAUGGGAUGGAACUACGGAGAUGAAAAAGUUAUUAUUAUUAUUAUUAUAUUUUUUUGAGAAUAUAAGAUGAAACACUUCGGAUGUGUAUAAUUGAGGAUAUGAGACGGAAUUAUACUGAUGAAACACAUAUUAUUAUUAUUA